AUGGAAAUCUGUGAAAGCCAAGGAUUUUUCCAUCAAAAUUACGACCGAUUUCGGGCAACAAUCAGCGAAUGUGAAUUCCGGUCCUUUUCUCAGUUGGAAACUGAUAAGCAACGGAUCAAGUUUGUGAAUAAAGUGAUAGCUGAGCGUUGUGAUGAUCUGUGGAAAUCGGCAAGACGAAGUGAGUCCGGAAAAAGUUUAUCGACAGCUUUGGAGCAGAAGACUUUGGGCAAUCAGGAGUUUCAAUAUGAAAAAUGGAAUGAUGCCUUGAUGUUCUACAACAGCGCAAUACUGCGGGUUCCGUUUAAUAAUGUUACGGAAAAGUCUAUCAUCUUGGCGAAUCGUUCGGCAGCCUUGUUUCACUUGAAUAAGUAUGAGGAAGCACUGCAAGACAUUAAUCUAUCGAUUGAUCACGAUUAUCCCAAAGAAAUGAAAUACAAACUAAUGGAUAGGAAAGCUCGCUGCUAUUUCGCAUUAAAGGACCUGCCUUCAUCUUUGGAAUGUUACAGGGAGAUGCUUACUGCCUUAGACUACUCAGAUUUAUGCCCAGAUAAACGAAACAAAAUGAUCAAGGAAACCACCAAAAAACUUUCGGAACUUGAAGUUCAUAUAGCGAACGUCAAAAAAUAUCUGGAACCGGUGAGACACUGUUCGAUGAGAAAGUUCGUACCUCAUAUAGAAAAGUCCGUCUAUUUUGAUUGCACGGAACAAGAGGGCAGAUUCGCCUGCACAAAUAGUGAUCUCCGACCGAACCAACUGGUACUGAAGGAGUUACCACAUGCUUCGGUAGUCGCGCGCGAGUACAGCUCAACACACUGUGAUAAUUGCUGUUCGCGAGUUACUGUAUUGUUCUGUUGUCCAAACUGCGUGGAUGUUGUCUUCUGUUCACCGGAUUGUCAAAGGACAGCUUGUUCCAGUUUCCACAGAUACGAAUGCGGAUUUUUGCAAUUCCUGUGGAAGUCCGGAGCGAACGUAGUUUGCAUGCUAGCCUUAAGGAUUGUCACACAGAAAUCGGUGGAAUACUUUUACGAUCUUGAAGAGGAGCUAGAACAAUUAACAAGUGACAAAACGGACGGACUCCCAUAUGAUGAUUACCGAAGGGUGUUCAACUUUGUGACUCACUCAGAGCAGAGAGACACAGAAGAUUAUCUCAAAUGGACUCUGAUGGCAGCUUUGUUGAACACUGUGCUAAAAUUGACUGUGUUUUACAAAACAAAUACACUAGACACAUAUAUUGGAGCAAUUCUGUUACACAACAUGCAAAUCGUAACGUAUAACUCGCAUGAAAUUUCAGAGCUGCAGCGACGGAAACCACAAGAUCCUGGUUACUCUGCCUGUAUAGGAGCGGGUCUGUAUCCAACGUUGGUUCUGUUCAACCAUUCCUGUGAUCCUGGCAUCACUAGGUACUUUAUCGGAAACGCCGUGUACGUUCGUACGGUGAAAAACAUUCCAGCUGGGUCAGUGUUAGCGGAAAACUAUGGCCAGUUGUUCGCCCGGUCCAAUCUACGUGAGAGACGUAACUCUUUGAAAUCGACCUACAAGUUUGUUUGUGGUUGUCAGGCAUGCGAGGAAAAUUGGCCCACCAUGGAUGAGAUGAACGUCAACUUGGUGAGGUUCAAAUGCGCCGGAAGCGAAGAAUGCAACAACGUGCUGAUCUACAGUGAACAUUCGCAGCAAGAUGCGUUGAAAUGUGAGAAAUGUGGCAUGCUAACGGAUGUAAAUCAAAGUUUCGAAUUGUUGAAGAAAGUGGAUAUGUUCAAGCGUUUCACCGAAGCCAGCAAUCUCUAUCAGCAGGGAGAAUUCGAUCGGGCACUUUCCAGAUACGCAGCUAUCAUGGGUUCUUUGGAUCAAGUUUUGGUGCGACCUUAUCGAGAAUAUCAUAUCUGUCAGCAAGGAAUCCGAAGAUGUUCGCUGGAGCUAGGAAAUAAGUAUACGGAGCAAAAGUAA